UGUGGAGCUCAGUCAGUUCACUUCCGGACCAUGUGAGCCGCCGUAAUUGAUGCUUAUUUGCCGCACAGAUCCUCCCGGAAAGAGCCUCCGCAGCCGGGCACAGCCGAGCCUUUCACCCUCCGGAGGGAGAGACGUCCAGCGGGGAGAGACGCAGGCCACACAGCGGAGCCUCUCCGCGCUUAGAGCCAGGGAGAGCGCCUACAUUUAGGGGAAAUGAGUGCAGACGUGACGGUGUCUUUGGCGGUCCUCGCGGGGAUCGUCGGGCUCAGCGACGCGACCCGCAGGUUGGUGUCUAGGAGCCUCGCGGGCACCGGACUCUGCGUUUACGCGUUGGAGCUCGUGUCCACCUUCCAGCUGUGCUGCUGCACGCACGAGCUCAGGCUGCUGGCUGAUGUGGGGGGAAUCGAGCCUCGACUUGCCCUUACUUUUACGUACCUGGCGGCCGUGGUGCACGGACUCACCUUCCGCGGGGCCAUCGGCAACCCCUCCGGUACACUGGAGCACGCAUACCACUCCAAGAUUUCGGGUGGAUGCGCAGUGCGGCGCAUCGCCUGUCAGUUCGCCGCGGCCGCUGCCGCUCGCGCCGCGGUGCCGCUGCUCUGGGAUAUCGGGUUGUCGAGACUGCACGUGCGGCAUAAGCUGCUCGGUUUCCGGUGCGUCAGCCCCAUUCACGCGCCGCUGCCCAAGGCCGCUGCCGUGGAGCUCGCGUGCGCUUUUGCAGUGCAGACUGCCAUUACGCACACGCGCUCGGUGGAGGAGAAGUAUCGCGUGCACGCAGUAGCUGCGGUCAGUGCAACAGUCGUUUACGCAGGUGGCAGUACGACCGGAGCUGUGUUUAACCCGGCCUUGGCCUUCUCCACACAGUUCCCCUGCAGUGGACACUCCUUCCUGGAUUACUGUCUGGUUUACUGGCUGGGUCCACUGCUGGGCAUGAUGAGCUCAGUGCUGCUGUUUGACAAACUCGUCCCUCUGUUGUCAAGGAAACCACCGUCUCACUACCAGGUCCCCCUGGAGACCAAGAAGAGGACAUGAGCCAGAGAACACAAGGACACUGUAAACCUGCCACUGACCUCAGACAUCAGUAGUUACAGAAACACUAAUAAGCACUUUUCUUUUUUUAGAAAAAGACACUUGAUCUUAAAGAUUUUAUUUCUAAUUGUGGACCAUUGGACAGGAGGACAAUUUAAAGGAAAUCACACAAAACUAAUUUUUGUUUUCAAUUAACAUUCAAAAAUAAUCAAUUAUGAAACAAAGUUUGCAUGAUUGCAGAUGCAAUAAUACACUGAGCCAAGUAUUAUUUUUGUGCAAUAUAACAUUUACUACUUAUCAACUGAAUGAUAAGGUGCUAAUAAACUGUAUUUGUAUAGACAUUUUUAUGAGUCUAUGAGGAAUAUAUGUAUAUAUUACAUUAAAGCUGCACUAGGCAGGAUUGCUCAAAAAAUGUUGUCAGUUGUUGAUUUUCUUCUGGAGGCUCCAUGUUUAAAAAUGUGGGCAUGAAAGUGAACAGUUCUUACAAAAUCGUCUAGAUCUAGUCCAGUAGAUCUGUGUUCGACUGGCAGCCAUGAUGUAGCCCUGAGGAGAAACCGCAACAUUCAUUAUGAUGUCCACUAAAAAUGCUUUAUAUACUAAUAAAUGGCUC